AUGACGGCGGACGACGUCAAGAAGGGCGGCAUGACGCUCGCGCAGCUCUCGGCGCUGCUCUCAUCCCACAACAAUGUGUCUGCCCAGGCGACGCACGCGUCAGACCUGCCCCUGGACGCCUUCCGCAAGCUGCUCCGCACCAACGUGGCGUCACCCAGCGACCGCCUGCUGGUCAACUACAACCGUCCUGAAGUGGGGCAGCAGGGCGGCGGCCACAUCUCGCCGGUCGCGGCGUACAGCCAGCUGACAGACAGGGCUUUGGUGAUGGACGUCGCGCGCUACAGGUAUCCGGCCUCCUGGGUGGCGGUGCCAGACCUGUGGCGCGCGGCGCUGGCGGUGGACUCGGCCUCGGGGCUGAGCCGGGGCGUGGUGGUGGUGCGGGCAGCGGGCGGUGGAGGCGUGGUGGCACAGGCUCCGGUGCACGCUGUCGUGGGGCGGCGCUGA